AUGGCCUUGGGACGCGGCAUGGCGAGGAGCAGCCUCAGCCUGCGCUGUGGUGACGUGGCGCUCUGGGAUUGGUGGAAAGUGGAAGCUGGUGAUUCGUGCGACGAGAGGGAGGAGGGAAGGAGAAGACGUGAGGCAGAGUGGUGGGGUUGGGGAGAGGAGGAGGAGGAGGAGGAGGAGGAGGAGGAGGAGGAGGAGGAGGAGGAGGAGGAGGAGGAGGAGGAGGAGGAGGAGGAGGAGGAGGAGGAAUGUAGAAAGCAAAGCGGCUUUCUCUCCGCUGUCGGCGGUGAGCGCACGUGCGCGCGAUGGGCUGCAGUGGGGGCCACAACGAUGGCGGAAGAUCGAGGCAUUUCCCGCGGAGAGCGUCCUGUUGCGGAGAUGGUAACAUGGGUGGAGAGGACAGCGCACGACGAGCUUGUGAUUGGGGCCGCCAACGAAGAAGAAUGA